UACUUGACGUAGGAACUUUAUUUCCUACUUCCUGGUCUAAACUCUGAUCAAGAUCAAUGGCUCCACUUCACUUUUCGCCGUUGAAACGCUGUAAAUAUUAGUAGAAAUGAAUACACAAGUAACUUUAUUAAAAAUCGACUACUUUUCAUAAACGUCUUUAGUGUUUUUAGCAGAAUUUGACAAUGGCAGAUACAAGCCGCCCUCAGCGCAAGCUGUCCCGAUCUGGAGAGAGUUUAUACGAGAUAUUAGGCUUGCCGAAAGGAGCUUCAUCUGAGGAUAUUAAGAAAGCAUACAGGAAACUGGCACUGAAGUAUCACCCAGACAAGAACCCCAACAACCCUGAAGCGGCGGAGAAGUUCAAAGAGAUCAACAAUGCCAACGCCAUCCUCAACAACGACACCAAACGACAGAUCUACGAUGAAUAUGGCUCCUUGGGCCUCUACGCCGCAGACCAGUUCGGAGAGGAGGGCGUUAAAUACUACUUCCUCAUGUCCAAAUGCUGGUUUAAGGCGCUCCUGGGAUUGGGAGUGAUCUUCACAUGUUGCUGCUGCUGUUGCUGCUGUUGCUGCUGUUGCGGUAAAUGUGGCGGUUCAGAGAACGAAGAUCAUUUUCACUAUGUGGAUCCAGAUGAGCUGGAGGCGGAGAUGUCAGAGGAGCAGAACAGAGGCAAUGACACAGUAAUAACAGGACAGCCUAUUCCCAGUCCAGCACCUGGAAAUUCAGGAAGCACUGUGAUUGUAGGAAUGGCCAUUCCUGCCCACUCAGAUGGAGACACUUCUGUACUGAUCACUCCAGAUGCACAUGUGGCACAGGAGUAGAGCAAACUACGACCUCCAGACUUGUUAGGAAGACUGACUUACUCCUGUUUCUGGUUGUAGAAAUGAGGACACUGCUGUAGAAAUGCGUUUGAGCAUCAGUGGUUUGUAUUACAUAGUGCCUGUGCAGUUUUUGUGACUCGUUUGAUCUCCACACAUAAUGCUAUUUCUGUUUACAUCAUUUUAUAAUUGCCUUUUGGUUGCUUGAAUGUCUUGUGAUUUUUUUUUUUU